AUGAUUAGAACAAUUUCUAGUGAACCGGAUGAUAAACCAUUAGAUGAUGCAUCUUGUUUGUAUGGUAUGCAACCUAAAAUAUCGAAAUAUAAGACCUUAUUCCAUCUUUUAUUCUGGAAUAUCAAUUCAGUUCCUGAAGCAAAGAUCAAAUUAAUAAAUGAUUGGCAAAUUCGUCUUCCGAUGGUUAUUGGCGUUCUCCUCAUUAUUGUUUGUCCGUAUAUUGACUAUAUUUUAUAUUCAGUCGAAUUGCAAAAUCAUGGUUUUCGCCAAAUAUUCAAAAUAACUUUCUUCAUGAUAAUGUACAUGAUGUCAUACCUUGUCUGUAUCUACGAAGGACCUGGUUAUUUGCCUUAUUAUUAUCCAUUUAAAUCGACAAAACCAAUCCGAAAUCAAACAGAAAUUUUGAAAGGCGUUGCUUCACAGCCUGCUCAAAAAAUACACCCGUUAAAGGCAGGAGACUUGGAUCGUUGCCAUUAUUUCAAAUCAGUUGGCAGAUACAUCAUAAGACCAGACCAUUUCUGCGCAUGGACUACAUCAUUUAUAGGAAGAAAGAAUCACAAAUUAUUCUUCUUAUUUAACUUCUGGGGAGUAAUUUACAUUACUUCGCUCGCAAUUUACACAGUUAAGUCAGCAAUCAUAUACAUUCUUGAUAAGGAUGAUUUCAAGUAUGUACACAUCUUUAUUUUGGCCAUAUUUUUGACUUACGGUGCAGUUUUCAUAAUUAUGCAAGUUAUAUUCAUUUUUGUGUGCGUAAAGAACUUUACACUCAAUGAAACGCAAUACGAACAGGUCAAAUACGAAAAUCCACCAAAUUACAGGAAGAAAGGAAUUAUCCGAAAUUGGGAAGAAAUUUUCGGUCCUGUAAAGAAAAUAUAUACAUGGUUAAUUCCAAUUGGAGCAUUUCACGGCAUGGAUCCAGAAGAUUUAUUAUAUUCUAACCAUUAUUAUUGUUAA